AUGUAUGUGCAGGUCAUUGAAGCUCAACCGCACGUGCCCUUCGAGCUCAGUGUACUGGAAGUACUGCUGCACGUGACAUUGUCGUACUUCGAAAGACGGCGGGCGCAUAUAACCUGGAUGGUGGACCGAAUCGUUGGUGAUGCUGUGGCCGGCAGUGGCAGCGCUGGCGGCGGCAGUUUGGGAGAUGGUUUCGGAGGCGGCGGCGGCGGUGGCGAGGGUACGCUGGGUAACGGCGACCCUUUCGGCGGUAUCGGAGAGUCUACCGUACAACAGUUGGUACCACUUGAAAAGCUGCCGCCGCACGACUUGGCGGUGCCAGGGGUGGCGGCGGCGGCGGCGGCGGGGACGGGGGCUGUGGAGGUCACCGCGUCCCCGCCGCCGCCGCUAGCGGAGGUGGCGGCGGCGGCGGCGGCGGCGGCUCCACGCAGAGGGGGUUUUGGUGUGUUGACACCCACCAUUGGAGUGGAUCCGUUGAAGCGGCGGGAGAUGCUCCGAAACCAGGCCAUGGAAGAUGCCUCCCGUAUUUUGGAGACGUACCUUCGCGAGGUCCAGUCCGUUGUGGGGUCGCUGCUGGAGAAGGAGGAUUUUUUGGAUUCCACUCGAGAGACGUAUCGCAUGCAGCUGGACUCGGCUCGCAACCACAUCAUCCUGGUCAACUUGUGGAUCAGCGUCGCCUCCAUCAGUCUCAUGGUGGCCACAUUGCCCUCGGCGUUCUUCGGAAUGAACGUGGAGCACGGCCUUGAGGUGGUGGUGGAGGUGGUGGUGGUGGUGGUGGAGGAGGUGUGGGUGGCCUUCCCACUGAUUGUGGCGCUCUCCGUGGGCCUGGCUGUGGGCUCCUUCCCCGCGCUGCUGCGGUUCUUCACGAACCGAUUCCUCCGUCAGACCCGGCAGGGCACCAGGAACCUCCUGAUGCUGCGGGCGUUUCUGAUGCAGCACAGUGACGAUCUGGAAGCCAUCACGGAAGCGCUCCGAAGCCUGCCGGUCGCAGCAGGUCUCGAGGGCAGCCCUAUCAGUCGUACGGCCUUCCGUACACACAUGCGCAACCGCCUGCCACGUCACGUGACUCUUUCCGACUCCCAUCUAGACUACCUGUUCAACCAAUUUGACAGAGAUAAUGAUGGAGUGCUAAGCGAAGCGGAGGCGACCCUGCGCAGUAAAUUGUCGUACUCUGGCAGUAGCGGCAGCGGCGGCGGCGGCAGCCGCCGGGGCGGUAGCGGUAGCGGCCGCGGCAGUAGCAGUCGGCAUCGGCCACUGACGUUGGAUGGGGGGCCGGGGUCGCUCGGCGGUGUUGUGGGGAGCGAUGGGGAACCGUUUUUGGAUGAGUUGGAUGGUCAGGUGGAUCGGCAUCACUUUGCAGUGCCGCCGCCGCCAUGGGCCCCCCGUCUGGGUGCGAAUCAGAAGGAAACACGCCUCCAGGAGCAACGUGGUGGCGGCGGCGGCGGACAAGAAGGGAGGGUCGUCGCAUACCGCCCCCUUUCAACCCACGUGACAUCACGUGACAACAAGAAGUACGCGAGCACAAGUCGUGCCAAAGGGCGCGCGGCAGUGUAA